AUGAUCGCGUGGUCAUCAUUUCAUCGCUUAUUAUUGGGUCUAGCAGCUUGUGCCUGUCUGUUUGCAUAUGCAGAUGGCGCCUUGGCUGCCAUGUCCAUUGACUUGGGCUCUGAGUUCAUCAAGAUUGCUAUUGUCAAGCCCGGAGUGCCUAUGGAAAUUGUUCUGAACAAAGAGAGUCGCCGAAAAACUCCAAAUAUUCUCGUAAUCAGAAACAAUGAGCGGUUCUUCGCUGAGGCUGCAGCUGCAAUUGCUACAAAGUAUCCAGAAGCUGGUUAUCAACAUAUUCUUUCGCUUUUGGCUAAGCAAAAUGGCGAUCCUAAUGUCGAACUCUUCAAGAAGAGGUUCCCUUUCGUGCCCUUAGGCUUCGACGAAGUGAGGAACACCGUUGUGUUUCCAUCAGAUAACGUCACUUACAAUGUAGAAACCUUACUUGCUAUGGUUCUCUGGUCAGCCAGGCAAACUACUGAAGCUUUUGCCAUGCAAAGGGUUAAAGACUGUGUAAUAACGGUACCCAUAUAUUUCAAUCAAGCCGAGCGUCGCGCCCUAGUCAAUGCUGCUGACAUCGCCGGUUUGAACCUGCUUCAGCUGCUUAAUGAUGGUUCCGCCGCUGCUCUAAAUUAUGGAGUAUUUCGUAGAAAGCAAAUCACUGACAAACCCCAAACAAUGAUGAUAUAUGACAUGGGAGCUACUAAGACUACGGCCACAAUUGUUGAAUAUGUUCUUGAACCUGACAAGAGCAGCAAGGUGUCGAAGACGUCAAAUCCUGUUGUGAAAACUAUUGGAGUUGGCUAUGAUAGGACAUUGGGAGGAUACGAAAUUACGCUCAGAAUGAGAGACCAUUUAGUGAAGGUGGUCCGUGAAACUAUGAAAACAUCCACUGACAUCACAGCAAAUGCGAGAAGCAUGGCGAAAUUGUUGAAGGAAGCUGAUCGUGUUAAACAGGUUUUGUCCGCUAAUAAGUAUCAUUUUGCGCAAGUAGAAAGUCUUCACGAAGAACAAAACUUUCGAGCUAAGGUUACUCGCGAAGAGCUAGAGGAAAUGAUAGCCGAUUUGGAACCUCGUUUCAUUCAGCCUAUCAAGGAUGCUCUAGCCAUGGCUGGAAAAACAAUUGAUGAAAUCGAUCAAUUUGUUCUAAUGGGUGGUGGGACCCGCAUACCAAAAAUUCAGGAAGUGCUGAAGACAGUGUUGAAUGGAAAAGAAAUUGGACACUUUCUUAAUACUGAUGAGGCAAUAGCUCUGGGGGCUGUUUACCAAGCAGCCGAUCUUUCCAAAUCAUUCAAAGUGCUUCCAUUUGCUGUCAAGGAGAUGGUUCUGUAUCCAAUCCAGGUCGCCUUCAAAUCGAAGACUGAGGACGGAAGUCUUAAGGACGUUUCUCGCCAAAUAUACGGACAUAAAACUUUCUAUCCAACGAACAAAAAGAUUGUAACAUUCCAAUCAUACAGUGACGAUUUUGAGGUUGAUCUGCGAUAUGGCGCCCUUGAACACCUGAACGAGGAACAGAAAAAGCAGUUUGGAUCAACUGAGUUAGCGCGGGUUUCUGUUACUGGGCUAGCACCCGCCAUUGAAAAUAAUGGUUCAUGUGCUGAAUGUGAGAUCAAAGGUGUAAAGACUACUUUUUCCGUUGAUCUCUCAGGAAUUGUUUCCGUCAUAAAGACCGACUUUGUAGUGGACAAGAAACCUACACCAGAAGAGCUCUCUGCUUAUGAGGAAGCUUUGAAAGAAUAUGAAGAAGCCAAAAGAAUCCGCAAGGAAAAGGAAGAAGCAGAACAGAAGUUGAAAGAGGAAAAGGAAGUGGAAGAACGGAAAAGAAAGGCAGAGGAGGAGGCCAAGAAGAAUGAGACAGGUGGAGAAGAAGCCGAGAAAAGUGAAGAAGAAGAAAAUUCAAAAUCUGAAAACAAAACUGAGGAUUCACAUUCAACAACUACCGAAACUUCUGAGCCUCCAAGUACAGAGCAACCUAAGGAAGACAAGAAGCUCGAAAAAGAGAAGCCGCUGAAAGCUCCUGUUGAGCCAAAAAUUGUGACAUUGAAAAUACGUCUCAAUACUACAAUGACCUUCAAGGACUUCCUAGACUUGAAUGAAGAGCAGAUGACUGAAGCCAAGAAGAUCCUGAGUGAUUUUCACAAUACUGAGCAACAAAAGCAUAAACGAGAAGAAGCCAUGAACGCGCUGGAAGGUUUGGUCUAUGAUCUGGCUGUCAAAAUUGAGGAUGGAGAGGAAUUUGCAGAAUAUCUAACCAAGGAUGACAAGGAGAAAAUUGCGGAAGAGGUGAAAAGAUUGCGUACUUGGAUGGAGGAUGAUGUAAGUGUUGAUACUCCCACGGAAGAUUUCAUAUCAAACAAGGCAAUUCUGGAUAACCUCACCGCUGCUGCACAUAAUCGAAAGAAGGAGAGGCUCGUGCGUGGUUCCGCUUUUACGCACUUUUCUGGCGCAUCUUUCGUGCCUUUUCAGUUAUACCCAAAGAUGGUCGAAGCAAUGAAGAACAUCUUCAAUGAUUCACAAUCAUUUCAUAAGUUUGCAUUGAAUUUGACCACUUCCGAUGAUCCCGUUUUCACAGAAGUCGAGCUUGAGGUUCUAUCCAAACUCAUCAACACGACGACGGAGUGGUGGGAGGAGAGAAGUGCUGCUUACGAAAAGCAAGAGAAGUAUGAAGAACCUGUUGUGACUGCUGAAGAAGUAGCUACGAAGAUUCGGGAGCUUGACCGGGAGGUUAAAUACUUAUUGAACAAGAUGAAGAAUUUUAAACCAAAGAAGAAGGUGGAGCCAAAAGAAGGGGAGAAGGCUAAUGCCACCACUGAUAAGAACACGACGACAGAAGGCGACGAUGAAACUAACACUGAAGGUGCCGAAAAAAGAGAGGACACAACCACAAAUGAAACAAAAUCUAAGAAGAAGACUGAAAAAGAGGAGAAAGAGCACGAUCCUUCGGAAUUGUAG